CUCCCUCCCCAAAACAGAUACGAUGACAACGGUCGGUGAUCGGGUGCUGAACAAAUCACUGCCCAAGAUCGGCGAAAAGUCGCUCUUCACCAAGGACCUGGAGGAUGCGCUCCGUACCGGUGGCGUGGACUUUGUCGUACACUCGCUGAAAGACUUGCCACCGCUGCCGCUCGGUAUGGCCAUCGGGGCGGUGCUGGAGCGCGAGGAUGCGCGCGACGCACUCGUGCUGAACGAGCGGCAUCGCGGCUGCACGCUGGCAACACUGCCACGUGGCUCGAUCGUCGGUACGUCCUCGCUCAGACGGUCGGCCCAGCUGGCGCGCUACUAUUCCCAUCUCGCCGUCUGCGACAUCCGGGGCAACUUGAACACGCGGCUCGCGAAGCUCGAUGCGGAAGCGUCCAAGUUUGCCGGCAUCAUACUGGCCCAGGCCGGGCUCGUCCGGAUGGGGUGGAACAAGCGCAUCGAUCAGAUCAUCGAGCCGCACGAAAUACUGUACGCGGUCGGGCAGGGUGCACUGGCCGUGGAGGUUCGUUCGAACGACGAGUACAUACUGGGCAUGCUCGGGAAGCUGUGCCAUCUGGAGACGCAGUGCCGGAUACUGACGGAGCGAAGCUUCCUGAAGACGCUCGGCGGUGGCUGCAGCGCUCCGGUGGCCGUACGGACCGACCUGAAACGUCGCUGGCGAGCUGUUGAUGCUGAGGAUGGAUCGCCAGCGCGCAAGCGAGCCUCCCAGGACUCGUCGGACGAAAGCGGCAACGAACCAUUCCAGCUCGUUGUGGAGGGCGCCGUCUGGAGCUUGGAUGGUAAGACGGAGAUCCGUACGAAGGGACUGUGGCGCUCGAUCUGG